CAUAAGGCUCCCAGGCUGAGGGUCUCUCUGUCAGAGUGAGGCGGAUUCCUCACAGAGACACAGGCGGCGCUUCUCUUCAGGCUGUCUCGCCAGGUUGUAGUUUUAAGACCAAGCAGAGUGCUAAAACCAGCAUUAAAUGAGACAGAGUAGAACCAAUGGAUUAUAAGAAUGAAGAUGUGAGUGAGAGCUUCCACACACUUCACCCCAAGGGUGGUAGCAGUGCCAAUGUAUCUUCCUUCACCUAUUCUAGGAGGGAAUACUACACAAUGUGGAGUGGUGUUACUUCACUAUCUACCUCAGGCAGCAGGAGAGCUUGGGCUGCACCAGACAGAAUCAUGAAUAAACUGCAAGGCAACCAGCAGCAGAUGAUACCAUGAAGAGAAGCUUACAGGUCCUCUACUGCCAACUGCUUAGUAUUCUACUGAUCUGGGCACUGACAGAAGAACUAGUGUUUGCUGUUCAGGUACUGUCUCCCAGCUUGGGAUCAUCUCGAGGCCUCCUGACAGACAAUAUCAAUAUCUCGGCUAUGGGGACAGCUGGAUACAAAGGCCAUCACACAGCCAAACCUUUACCCACAGCAACCCUUGUGAACUUUCAUUCCACUAGCGCAAUGGAAACUUCUGCUUCUCCUGUUGGCCAGAAGAGAUCAACCAGCAGCCAUCCUGUUGGCAACAAAGGACCUCAUCACCUAUACAACCAGAGUGUUUUGUUUUCUGGAAAGACUCACCCCAAAGGGAAAACGUUUCAAAUUAUCCAUGAGAAUUCGACAGAAUUUACAGAGCCUUAUCUAAAAACAGAACUUCAUUCUUCUACCACGAGGAACUGGCCUACAAAUCAUCCAUUUCUGCCUCAACCUACAGCUCAGAGCAGUCAUAAUAGCACUAUGCUGGUAAAAACCACAGACUCGAUUGCUUCUUUCCACAGUGAUAUCUUGGAAAGCCUUAGCAAAACAGAGAAGGGGAAUUCGUCCAAACUGGUUACACAAGAAACAAAUCACACUGUCCCAGUGGCUGGCCCUUCAACUACUCCUGAAAGGGUGACAGUGCCUUUCAAAACCCCACGGUAUGGCAUAUGGGAUAUUCUGAACAAAAAUAACUCUUGGGUCAUCUCAAGCCCAAGUACAAACCAGGCACCCUUUUGGGCUAGUCCUGGGGGUACUACUACAGCAGCAACUGUAGCAGCCGCAACAACAACAAAAACCACCACUGGAACAACAUUUGGUCAUUCUGGUCAAACUGGCAUAGAUGCAAAUGUUUCCUCAUUCUAUACAACAGGAAGCCCCAGCCAUGGGACACCUAUCACACUAAAUCCUUCUGGACACAACACCAGCUUUCCAGACAAUGAACUCUCCACGGAGCCCUCCACAUGGCUGCCAAGUUCUCCUGCCACGGCAACAGGAAAUUUCCUGAACAGACUAGUGCCAGCUGGAACACGAAAGCCUGGUAUGCCUGGAAACAUUUCUCAUGUCACAGAAGGGGACAAGCCCCAACACAGGACAACCAUUUGUCUCAGCAAAGUGGAUAUAGCAUGGAUCAUCUUGGCCAUCAGUGUACCUGUAUCAUCAUGCUCGGUCCUACUAACUGUCUGCUGCAUGCGUAGAAAGAAGAAGACAUCUAAUCCAGAGAACAACCUGAGCUAUUGGAACAAUGCUAUCACCAUGGACUACUUCAACAGGCAUGCUGUAGAAUUGCCAAGAGAGAUACAUUCCCUGGAAACAUCUGAGGACCACCUAUCUGAGCCACGGUCCCCGGCCAAUGGUGAUUACAGGGACACCGGCAUGGUCCUUGUUAACCCCUUCUGUCAAGAAACACUGUUUGUAGGACGUGAGCAGAUCUCUGAAAUAUGACCCUUCCCUUGCUCUAGUACUUGCAGUUGCAUCUUAAUGUUCUCCAAAUUAUAAAUAUAUAAAUAUAUAUAUUAUAAAUAUAAUCUUUGUGUAACCCUGAAUAAUGAGAAACAUUUUCAGCUCCCCUCCCCCAAGAAUUAUCAAACUCUUUUUAUAAGUGUGAUUAAAAACUUUACAGACCAAACUUCAGCUUUAUAAAAUA